GGACCUCCACAAACAGCUUCUCCCCUCAGCUCAGGUAACCCAAAAAGUAGGAAGCUUGAAAGACAAUAUUCUGCCUUUUCUGAUGUCCCUCUCCACAUGACUGAUUUCCACUCUUCAUCCUCUCUCUCUCUCUCUCUCUCUCAAUGGCAUCAUUCUGAGAUCAGAACGAACCUUGCUUGUCUGAAACAGUUAGGAACUUUCAGUCACAGACUGAUUUCUUCCUCUGCGUGUUCUCUCCGGCCACUUCAUUCCUCGGAGCAGUCCGACCAAGAAAAGCUCUGGUGGGUCGUCAUCAGAUUUUGGUCUGAUCUCUUCCUUCCCCCAGCAAGAACUCGAACCUCAGGAAUUGGCCUCCGUUCCUGCAAUUGUGAGCUGAAGCAACAACUUCCCGACAGCACAAUGCUCUGAAAGCACAAACCUUUGCUGGUGUUGUGACAGAGAAGCCAUGGAGUCCGAUCCUUUUCAGAACUUUCAAUCCCAAGCUCAGAACCAGCAGCAGACGAACCCGGGCCUAACGAGAUACAGAUCAGCUCCCAGCUCCUACUUCACCAAUCUGCUCGAGAGAGAAUUCUAUGAUGAGUUCCUCAACCGGCCCACGAGCCCCGAGACCGAGAGGAUACUCAGCGGCCUCAUGUCGGGGGAUUUCCGGCCGAGGGAUGAGGCGGGUAGCCAGCAGCCGGAGGUUCCUGGGCCGGGGAAGAGUAAAGCCGAGAUUUUUCCGCGGCAACCGAAGCUAGAACAAGAACCCCAGCAGGGCAGCUACUCUGCUUCCGCUUCCUCUUCUCAGAACUAUUACCAGAGCUCUUCUCACCACCGAGCGUUGCCUAACCAGAGCUCUUCUCACCACCGAGCGUUGCCUAACCAGAGCUUGGACUACCGGGCCGUGGGCUCCAUUGGCAGUGGGAGUAACAGUUCAGGUCUUCUGAGGCAGAGCAGCUCACCUGCAGGGCUUUUCUUGAACAAUUCAAACAGCAUUGAAGGCUAUGGUACUAUGAGAGGGAUGGGAAGUUUCGGUACGAGUUCUAGAGAAACAUCCUACUCUCCCGCUCCCAGAUUCAGUGACGCCGUGAACUAUCUAUCUGCCGGGCAACCUUUGUCUUCGGGGAAGAUGAGUCCGAUUGCUGAAAUGGAAAGCAAGGGCUUAGGGAAGAGUACUAAUAGCCCUGAAGGUGGAGGUUUUGAUGAAGGUGAUGGUACUAACUAUGAUGCGAGUUUCCCGCUUGGUUCCUGGGAUGAUUCAUGUCUAAAUGCAUCGGAAGCUGAGGAGGGGCAGGGGAGGAGAGAUCCUCCCACUCUUUUAGCUCACCACUCGAGCCUCCCUAAAAGUUCACUGGAGAUUGAGAGGCUUCUGCAGUUUCAAGAUUCAGUCCCGUGCAAGAUUCGGGCCAAGAGGGGGUGCGCUACGCACCCACGAAGCAUUGCUGAGAGGGUCAGGAGAACCAAAAUCAGUGAAAGAAUACGGAAGCUGCAGGAUCUUGUUCCCAACAUGGACAAGCAAACGAACACAGCAGAAAUGUUGGAUUUAGCUGUCGAUUACAUCAAGGAGCUCCAAGAACAGGUCGAGGCGCUUUUAGACAGCAAAUUGAAGUGCGUGUGCUCGAACAGACAGAUGUGAUAGCAUCGAAAGGCCCCGAAUUAACUUGUCCACAGACAAAUCUCGAGGAAUAGUUGCAGAAAUGGUGCUGGACAAAUUAUGGGAAGAAAGUGGGAAGUCAACCAGAGAUGGCCGUUAGGUGGUGAAGGGAUAAAAAGGGGGCAGUAGGAGACGACCACAAUAGCCACAACCUGCAGAAGAAAAGUGAAAUAAGAACAGGGCAAAGACAUGAAAGCUGUACAGCAACUGCUCAGGUUUGUGAUUUUAUAUUAUAGUUUUUGUUAGAUGAUUUUAUGUGUACAAUAUGGAGAGAGCGAGAGAGGCAGGGGGGGAUUUGUUAGUUGCGGGGUUGGGGGGGGUGGGGGCAUGUUGAUGUCAAUGGCUGGGCCAUUACUGGCGGGAGAAGGGCAGAAAGUUUGUGGGGGGCCCACCAACAACCCCAUUGCCCUUGCUUUUGCUUUGCUCUCCUUCUUGGAUCUGAGUCUUAUCUUAAUAGAGAGGGAAGGAAAUGAGUGGAGGAGAUGAGGUCUCGUGUUAGAGAGAGAGAGAGAGAGAAGAGGUCUAAUCUCAUUUCAUUUAAGACAGCCAGACCGGCGGGGAGGGCCACUGUUGGGUCUUUCUUUCUUCCUCCUCUUUAUUGUCUGUUUAGGGAUCAGAUCCAAUCUUAUGUUGUCUUGUUCCUUCCUCUAUUGGCAUUUCUUUCUAUGGGUUUGGGCCUCUCUUCUUUCAUGAUGAAUAAUGUUUGGUGAAGUGAACAAUGAUUCCAUUCCUCCCCACAAUCGAUUAUAUAGGGAAAAGCAAUUCCUUUGGGAUGGUC